UCCAUCCUCCUCCUCCUUUCGACGUUGACUUGAGGCAAAAGAAACCCUAGCAAUAUAACUGUAUCAUUACAAAUUCUAUAUUUCUUCUCAUUUCUCCAAUUCAUUUUUGGUCGCAAGAUUGAAUUUUCCUUCAAAUCUCUGUUUUGAUUUUUUUUUUCCUUUUUCGAUCGAUUCAGUGAACGAUGGGGAAGCCCACGGGAAAAAAGAAGGAUCCCGAAACUCCACGGGCGAACGGUAACAACAACAACAACAACAACAACAACAAGGCAUUCGAGCGUGGUUCGUCGUCGAAAGCUUUCGACGAAGACACAGCGAUGUUCAUCAACAUGUCACACGAGCUGAAAGAGGAAGGUAACAGGCUUUUUCAGAAGAAGGACCACGAAGGUGCUAUGUUAAAGUACGAAAAAGCCCUCAAGCUCCUUCCCAAGAACCACAUCGACGUUGCACACCUUCACACCAACAUGGCCGUUUGUUACAUGCAAUUAGGGCUCGGCGAGUACCCUCGAGCCAUCAACGAGUGCAACUUGGCUUUGCAAGUUUCCCCUCGUUAUAGCAAGGCUCUCUUGAAGAGAGCCAAGUGCUACGAAUCCUUGAAUCGUUUGGAUUUAGCUAUGAGGGACGUUCGUGUUGUUCUUAACUCUGAACCCAACAAUCUCACCGCUUUGGAGAUUCUCGAUAGUUUGAGAAGGACCAUGGAUGAGAAAGGGAUCGUUGUGGAUGAAACUGAGAUUGCUUUGGCUACUAUAGUUCAGCAGCAGCAGCAGCAGCAGCAGGAGCCUCCCGGUGCGCGGUUGCGAAAAGUGGUGAGGGAGAAGAUGAGGAAGAAGAAGAAAGUUAAUAGUAAUGGUGGGGCUGAAGAUAAGGGCAAGGUGGUUGUUGAGGAGAAGAAGGUGAAUAAUGGUGAUGUUAAGGAUAAGGGAUUGGUGAAGAAAGAAGAGAAAUUGGUAGUGAAACCUGUUAAGCAAGAAAAAGAGAAGGCUUUGACCAGGACGGUGAAGUUGAUAUAUGGAGAGGAUAUAAGGUGGGCGCAGUUGCCUUUGAAUUGUAGUAUGAGGUUGGUGAGGGAUGUGAUAAGGGAUCGGUUUCCGGGGUUAAAGGGUGUUCUUGUUAAGUAUAGGGAUCGAGAAGGUGAUUUGGUUACUAUAACUACUACUGCUGAACUGAGGUUGGCUGAAACUUGUCACGUGCUUGGCUCAAUUCGGCUCUAUGUUACACAAGUUAAUCCGGAUCAGGAGCCGGAUUAUGAUGAGACAACGACAACCGGUGAUGGCGAGGCACGAAGAGAUGGCAGAAAACCGGCUGCUGGUGGUGGUGAUGAUGUCGAGAAUGGGGCUGCUGCGGAAGGAGGCAGAGGUGCGGCUAACAGGAUGACUACUGUGGAGGACUGGCUUGUCCAGUUUGCGAGGCUGUUUAAGAACCAUGUUGGGUUUGAUUCGGAUUCAUAUCUAGAUAUUCAUGAGGUUGGAAUGAAGCUGUAUUCGGCAGCAAUGGAGGAUGCAGUGACAGGUGAUGCUGCACAAGAACUGUUUGAAAUUGCUGCCGAUAAGUUUCAAGAGAUGGCAGCUUUGGCAUUGUUUAAUUGGGGAAGUGUUCACAUGUCCAGGGCUAGGAAGCGGGUGUCCUUUCCAGAGGAUGGGUCGAGAGAAUCUUCUUUUGAGCAUGUUAAGGCUGCAUAUGAGUGGGCUCAAAAGGAGUACAUGAAUGCAGAAAUGAGAUAUGAAGAAUCUGUGAGGAUCAAACCCGACUUUUAUGAAGGACUUCUGGCUCUUGGUUAUCAGCAGUUUGAACAAGCAAAGCUCUGCUGGUGUUAUUUAACUGCAAACAAGAAGGAUUUAGAAAUUGGCCAUUCAGAUGAGGUUCUACAGCUCUAUAACAAGGCAGAGGACAGCAUGGAGAAAGGCAUGUUGAUGUGGGAGGAAAUCGAGGAGCAACGUUUGAAUGGAUUAUCCAAAUUAGAUAAAUAUAAAGCUCAGUUAGAGAAAAUGGGUUUGCAUGGUCUUUUCAGGGAUGUUUCUUCUGAUGAAGCUGAAGAGCAGGCUGCAAAGAUGAGGUUACAAAUAUAUCUUUUAUGGGGCACCUUAUUGUAUGAGCGUUCUGUUGUGGAAUAUAAGCUAGGCCUACCAACAUGGGAGGAAUGUUUGGAGGUUGCAGUUGAAAAGUUUGAACUAGCUGGAGCUUCUUCAACUGACAUUGGUGUCAUGAUAAAGAACCAUUGUUCUAAUGAGACAGCAAUGGAAGGUAAAGGAUGGGAAAAUAUGAUCCAUCGGUUCAAAAUUGAUGAGAUAGUGCAAGCGUGGAAUGAGAUGUAUGAUGGGUGGCAGUUUGAUGUUCCAUCAUUUCGACUUGAACCAUUGUUUCGUCGGCGUAUUCCAAAACUCCAUUACAUCUUGGAGCAAUUUUAAGUUUUCUUCUUCAGUUUGUUAUUCUUUAUAGAGGCAAAAUUAAUGCUUCUAUUUUCUUUGUUAAUAUUUUUGAAGGCUUCUUCAUUUCAUCCCAAGACAGGUAAGUAAGACUAUGCUUCUACUACAGUUUUUGUUUGCAUGUUCCUAUAGCAGAAUAUCUUUCAAAUUGUUCUUGAAAAUUUAGGGAGAUAUCGUAGCAUCUGAAAGUUUUAAAAGCUUAUACCUUUCACUGAAAUUGUGUUUUCAUGAACAAUGGAAUGCUAUACCAAGUGUUUUUCUGUUGCUAAGAAAAUUAAGUGUAUCUUUCGGGUUUAUGACAGGAAUUAUCUUUUCUGUUGUUAGGUUCUCAAAGUUGAGACUGAAAUCCUAAUUUCUGUAUUUGGAAUACUAAUAGAGAGAUUAUUUCAGAAUAUUUUUACUCAUGGUAGAAAAGAUAGUAAAAUUUUUGGAAUCUUUUACUUCCACAAUUAUAGGUGUAUAUGCUUGAUCUAUGUCCUAUAAUAACUAUGAUUGGCUGAAUAAUUAUAAUUAAUUGAUAAGCAUGUUUCGUGGAAUCACAAGUUGAUGCUUGUCUUUAGUACCGUCCAAGGUGUUUUCUGUGGUUUGGUAGAAGCAACAAGUUAUUGACAACUGAUUAGGCUUUAGACUAGUCAGGUUUGUAAGGCAUUCUCAGUUAUAUUUAUGGGAAAAGGAUUCCCCCGUUCAAAUUUGUAUUGAUUUUUUCAUUUUCUGGGGAGAUUAUGUGAGAAAUAGGUCUAAUGUAAAGAUUUAGGGAAAGUAUUAAAAUGAAAGGCUUCUGGCCUUUGUGGAAAGGUAUUAAUCCUUCCUAUCAAAAACAUUUUGGGGAUUGAAUGACAUUGUCAAUGGCCUUUGGUAUGAUGUCCAUAUAAAAGAAAGAAACAGAGAAUAUCAAUCACAAAGCAGAGACCAAUAAGGAAAAGAAGGCAAAAACUAGUAGAUUUAAUGUGCUGAAGCAGUGCUGCCAAACCCGGUGAUUUAUUGGAGAUCGCUUUUUAAUCAACCCUCUUAUUUCAGUAAAUAUAGUUCUAGGAGAUAUUAUACUACUUAAGUGUAUGGCAAUUCAGUAAGUUAUUAUAAACUUGUUUAAUAAUUUAGAAUCCAACUUAACAGUCAAUUCAGCUAAUUUAUUCAAGGGGUGUCAUGUGUACUUCAACUUACAGUAGAUCUUCGGGAUGCCCUUUCAUACUUUUUGCAUUUUUAAUGGGAUUGAUGAAGUAUGAUGGUUUGAAUUACUGUUGUUGAUAUCAUGAUUUAUGAUGAUGAUGGUUACUGGCUUUCCUGAAUGUCUGGCUCCUACAGAUAGUUUCCAAGACAAGAUUUAACCCUCUUCUCAGCUUCCCUUCCCGUAAGAAACUGUUGGUUUUUUGCAUUAGGCUGGGAUUGAAACCUGUUGGCUUAAAAUGGCAUAAAUCAUAUGAUAAUUUGCUGUGUUCAUUGUUGGUUUACAUAAGAUUAAUGGAUUGACUAACUAGUAACUUUAGAGAACAACUUUAUACUUUAUCUUCCUUUCAGUAUAUUCAAUAUUUCUCUAUCUUAAACUUUUGGCUGUUCUAUUUUAUAUAGAUCAAAUUUGUUUUAUCUUUUAAUUAAAUUGUAAAAUUUUAUCAAUGAUGACAUCUAUGUGGUUGGCCUGAAUGAAUUUAUUUGCCUUUUGGUUGCAGGAAUUUUUUCUCCAUACUGUUACUCAUUGAUGGAUGCGACGAUUGGAUUACUUUUUCGAUGUCAGUUUUGUAUUAGGUUGGGAUAUUAGGCAAGAAAGCCUGGUUAUAUUAUUUGUUUUAUGUUAGAGGGGAUAUAUGCUUUGAGGGUGUCAUUCUUUACAGUUGUAAUAUCAGUAUAUGAUUCCAUUUGUUGGUUUGAGGUCGUGAUUGUUUGGGUUGAUUUGUUUAGUUUGCAAAAACAAUAAAAAAAUAAUUCUGCCCGUUAGCUGGGGUUUGAUGAUAUUUAUUUUGUCAAAUUUGUCAUUUGUAACAUUGUAUGGGUGUUAUGCAGCACAUUAUACAUUUUCAUCAUAUAUUCUCUCGUAAAUGUCAUAUAUAUUUC